AUGACCAGGGAGACGCUUACCGUUGUACUGUGUGGUGAUGAUGGUGUUGGUAAGACCAGUUUAGCUGUUACUUUGCUUAAGGAUAAGUUUAUCCCCAACCUGCAGGAUGUGCUGAUACCCGUUACGAUACCGAGAGAUUUUUCGUCUAGCCCCUACUCACCACAGAACACGUUACUGAUAGAUACGAAUAACGAGGAUCUAACCGCUUUACACAAGAGCUUGAAGCUGGCUGAUGUGAUAUGGCUGGUGUACUCCGAUCACGAGUCGUACGAGAGGAUCUCGUUUCACUGGAUGAUGAUGUUCAGAUCCCUAGGUCUCAAUAUACCCGUUAUCUUGUGUAAAAACAAGUGCGAUAAGGAUAAGAAGGACGGCUCUUUGCACAAGGUACGAUCCUAUUCUCACAGCGAGUCCAUUACAUCGAUACCACCACCACCGGAAAACGAUACCAAAGUGGAAGACGAAGAGUUUAUCCCAAUUCUUAUGGAAUUCAAAGAAAUAGAUACUUGCAUCAAAGCGUCGGCUAAGGCAAAAUACAACGUUAACCAGGCCUUCUAUCUUUGCCAGCGAUCUAUAACACAUCCAAUUGCCCCACUCUUCGACGCGAAACUCGGUGACCUCAAGCCACUGGCAAGAGAGGCCCUGGAACGGAUCUUUCUUUUGUGCGACAAUGACCAGGACAACUAUCUGAACGAUGAAGAGAUCAAUUUUUUACAACGAAAGUGCUUCCAUAAAAGUAUUGAUAUUAACGAAUUAGAGUACAUCAAACAAACGUUACUACACUACUCACGCGUAAACCAUCCACGGUUUUCCAGUACUUAUGGGUUAUUUGUACCGGGGAAAGGCAUAACGAAGGAAGGUUUUUUGGUGUUGAACAAAUUAUUCGCAGAAAAGGGUCGCCAUGAAACAAUAUGGGGGAUUCUGCGCGCCUUUAAAUAUACAGAUUCGUUAUCUUUGGAGCGGAAUGUUCUGCACCCAAAAGUGAGCGUACCGAGUUCCAGUAGUGUAGAACUGAGCCCUAGAGGUUAUCGGUUUUUGGUCGACCUAUUUAUAAAGUUUGAUCAUGAUAAUGACGGCGGGCUAGAUGACGAUGAACUACUGGCACUAUUCAAGACCACACCAGGGUUACCGCAACUAUGGUUGGAAACCAAUUUCCCCUAUUCCACUGUAGUGAAUAAAAGGGGACAUGUAACUUUACAAGGAUGGUUAGCUCAGUGGACAAUGACCACAUUCUUAGAUUACCGAAUAACUACGGAAUACCUGAUCUACUUUGGAUUUGAGCCAGACACUAAAACUGCACUACAAUUCACAAAGCCAAGGAAAUAUAGAAGAAGGUCCGGCAAGUUGUAUAGGUCACAAGUGAUGGAUCGCAGUGCCUUCAAUUGCUUUGUCAUAGGAAAAGCAUUCAGUGGUAAGACCACGCUUCUGGACAGCUUUUUGAGCCAGCCGUUCACCGACGUUUACACCCCAACUACAAAACCCAAAAUUGCUGUGAAUAGUCUUGAACUAAAGGGAGGGAAACAGUACUACCUGAUAUUGCAAGAGUUUGGUAAAAUGGAGCAUGAAGUUUUGUCUAAUAAAGAGAAACUACAGGAGUGUGAUGUGCUAUGUCUAACGUACGAUUCAAGUGACCCCGACUCGUUUUCGUACUUGAUUGGCUUAUUGAAUCAGCUCGAAUACCUGAAGGAUCUCCCAACUAUAAUUGUAGGUUUAAAGGCAGAUCUAGACAAACAGCAGCAAAGAUGUACAACUCAACCGGAUGAAUUUAGCGAGCGUCUGUACGUCAGUCAUCCGUUACACAUAUCUUCCACAUGGCUUGGUUCCUUAAAUGAGCUCUUUGUCAAAAUAACAGAGGCCGCCUUAGUCCCGGCAAACAAUACACCAGACUUGCCAGAAGAAUUUCGAAAGCCGAUGACAGAUAUGGACUACAGACAAAUGGCCGUGAUUCUCGGCUCCACAGUGGGGUUCAUGACUUUGUUGUCAUUUACAGUGGUUAAACUGUUGAAGAAUUCUAGAAAUGAUUAG